GAUUCGUAUUUCACCUUUUUCUCAGCGACUCAAGUCAAUAAUUAAAAAAGAGUGUUAACCUUAAAUUUAUUUAUUUUUAUAUUAAAAUGUCUGGUUGUACUUAUACUUGAAAGAUAUUUUGUAGUUUGUGAUUGUGUUGUAUCGUAGUUUUUGCCACAAAUUUCGUUAUCAAGAUGAUGCUAACUAUUCACGGCCUUCCCGUGAUGGUAAAAUACCACGAUUUAAAAACAUUGAUAAAACAAGAAUGUAACAUAAAUGAUUUUAUCUUGGAUAAUUUAACGGCAGACGUGGAUGGUAGCAAGAAAGUCCGCAUUGGCGUCGCCGAUGAAGCUGAAGGAGCGCAUCUAUGUAAAUGUUUAAAUGGAUUUCGCAUGGGUGGAAAUCUUUUAAGGGUUCUGCCUGUAGGAAAAGCGUCUGUCAAUCAGAACACCUUUGAUCAAAGAGGUGGAUUUAUGCCUAGAAAUGAUAUGCCAAAUCAGCAUGGCAACUUUGGUAAUCAGCCUGCCAAUUUUGGUAAUCAGUUCAGUAACCAGACUCAACAUGCUCAAGCCACUUGGAAUACUGGAUCUCAAAGUAGCCAAUGGGGAAGUAAUCAACAGCCUCAAAAUCAAAUGCGACAAGCUAAUUUUGAUUUUCAACAACGAACUGGGCCUCAGUUUCCUAUGCAGCAGACGGCUCCUGUUGGACAGCAAGGCCCUGGGAAUAAACCAUUUGGCCAGUCUGGGCCAUUCAUACAGAACAGAACAGGGCCACCAGAACAAGGAUUUGGUUUUGCGCAACCCAACAAACCUCAACCAGCACCGCAAAUGCGUUCAGACCGAUCGCAUGUACUUCGCAGUGUCGACAUAGUGCAAGGUCCAGUGCAUCCAAACAGAUACUCUGAUCAGAAAUAUGAUCAAAACAAACCUGGACCGAGCCAGUUCGAUACACCACAGCAAAAUUAUCCUCAAGCAGGGUUGAUCCAAGCUGUACCCUGGAGUAAACUACAAGCGAAAAACCUGACGUUUGGAAAACCUGACGUGCCACAGUUUGAGAGCGACAAGCGUCAUAUGCCUAAAAAUUUUGAGAAAGGGCCUUUAAUUCACGGGCAGCAUGAGAGGAGGUUGUCUCCGCAAGAUAGAAGACCAUCUCCACACAGGAGACCUUCGCCUGGAGGACCAAUAAGACCCCCCGAUCGAAGACUGUCCCCUGGACGAAGAGUGUCGCCCGGACGGAGAAUGUCCCCUGGACGAAGGGUGUCGCCCGGAAGGAGAAUGUCGCCUACAGGAAGAAGAAUGUCUCCGGGACGAAGAGUAUCGCCAAAUGAUCGACGUGCGCCUGUCCGUAAGUCCCCUGGUAGAGUGUCACCCCACAAGAGGUCUUCCCCUGGACGCAGAUUAGUUUCUCCUGGGAGGGACAAUUUGAGGUACUCUCCAAGCCGUCGGCACGACAAGUCAGAUUUCUCUGACAGCCGCGGACCUAAGCAGAUUCGUCCCGCUUACGAAGCAGACGCUAAGGCACCGAAUCAAGCUAUGUACUCAGAUGGUUACCGUCCCAACUUACACGAGAACGUAUCGUAUCCGUCACGUCAAACUGAUCAGAGGAGUUCGUCGUGGCAAGAUAGAGACAAGAAUACAUAUCCCGGAAGUAAGAAACAAGAUGAAGAUAGAAGAAUGGUCAGAGGUACUGAGCCUGAAGCUAAACGUUCUCCUAUUCAUAAGUCUCGGUCGCCAAACCGUAGAGACGUGAGGGAAAGGUCGCCACUGAGAGAUCGUUACAGGAGACAUUCGCCUUCACCUCGUUCGCCACGUCGAUCAUGGGCUUUGGAGAAACGUCGGAGUCCCGAGAUAAGUGAAGCACCUCCACCACCUGUUUGGCCAGGACAAAACCCAGAAGAUCACUACACAAGACCCACAAGCAAAACACAAGAGGGUGCCAAACCUGUUCCUGUGUGGGAUCAUAGAACUUUUCAAGAAACAGAAGCGUCCAUGAGAAGAGAGAAUCGUUUAUAUGAUGAAGAACAAAUGCGAAUGAGACGAGAUGCUGGUCGCAGAGAUGCAAUUCCACCUUCGAACCGAAGAGAGCCUUCGCCUAGACGCCCUGGAUUCAAACCACAUGAAGAUAUGAACAGAGACACCAAAUUUGAGCCGCGUGAUUCUAAGUUUGAAUCUCGGGAUCCAAAAUAUGAUCCACGUGAACCCAAGUUUGAUACACGUGAUCCUAAGUUUAAUUCACGUGAUCCUAAGUUUAAUUCACGCGAUCCCAAGUUCGAAACGCGUGAACACAAGUUUGAAACACAUGUCUCCAGAUUUGAUUUGCGUGAUUCUAAAUUUGACCAACGUGAUCCGAAGUUUGAACCACGUGACCCUAAGUUUGAACCACGUGACCCUAAUUUUCAACCACGUGACCCUAUGUUUGAACCACGGGAUCCUAAAUUUGAACCACGUGACCCUAAGUUUGAACCACGUGACCCUAAGUUUAUCCCACGUGACCCUAAGUUUGAACCACGUGAGCCUAAGUUUGAACCACGUGACCCUAAGUUUGAACCACGUGAGCCUAAGUUUGAGCCACGUGACCCUAAGUUUGAACCACGUGACCCUAAGUUCGAACCACGUGGCCCAGAAUACCGACCUCGCGAUCCUAAGUUUGAACCACAUGAUCCUAAGUUUGGACCACGCGGACCCAAAUUUGAACGUGACAACAAAUACGACAGUCGAGAUCCAAAAUUUGAUCAGCGGAACCCGAAAUUCGAAAUGCGUGAACCAAAGUUCGAAGCAAGAAAUACAAAGUAUGAUCCACGCGAACCAAAAUUUGAGCCUCGCGAUCCAAAGUUUAAUCCACGUGAACCUAAAUUUGAGCCACGCGACCCGAAGUUUGAAUCGCGCGACCCGAAGUUUGAACCACGUGGAAACGAAUUCAGAAGUAGUUUUGAUCAUACAGGUGAUAAACGUCAACCGCCUAACUAUGAACCACGUGACGAACCUAAGUUCGGAUCUCGCGACACGUUCGGAUCACGAAAUACGAAAUUUGAACAACGUGAUCAGAAAUUCAAACCUACAUUUGAACCCGUAGAAGCCGAUUUUACACAACAAGAGUUAGACUUUGGAACUCGUGAUAGCAAGUUCGAACCCCGUGAAUCUAAAUACGGAGCCCGCGAAUCGAAAUUUGACCGCAAUGAUCAUCGUCGCACGCUUGAGUCUCCAGAGAGAAAAUCUUAUCUAGACAGAGAUGAUUUCCGUAGCAAACGGCCGGAGCCUAGUCGUGACAACACCUCAAGACGAGAGGAACCAAACAGACGGGAUGAGAGAAAGGAUAUUCGUAAACCACAUGAUCAAUUCGACUUAGAGUUCGAAGAUAUUUACAAGCGAACUCGAGAGUUCAAACAGAAGGUAGAGGAAUUAAAACGAGCUGAGAGAAAUAGGGAAGAAAGAGAGCCCUCACGUGAUCAACGACGCCGUGACACGGACGAAGACGGGCGUCAUUCAGAUCGCAAAACAGAAGGAGAACGCCGCCAUCAAGAAGACCGUCCUCAUUCGAGACAAUCUAGCGACAAACGAGAGCCAGAAUGGAAACCACGUAAUAUAAUACCUAGGAAGAUCUUCCUGCCGUCGGUCGUUAAGGCAAAACGUGACAAAGCAGUAGAUGAAAUAGCGAACAAAUUAAUGCAUAAAUAUGGUGACUUUGAGAUGACCGAAGAAAUUAAAAACCGUGUGCUAGAUGAACUGAAACUGUCUAUAGCACGAAUCAUGUACGACAUGUUCGGCAAUGAGGAUAUCUCGUUUAUAGAACUAGUUGUGAAAUUCAAUUCUAAGCACGGAGAGAGAGAAGAAGUGAAGAUAUUUGAGGACGUGAUGUCGUGUUUCCCUAAACAUCAUAGGGCUAUGAAGAGACCAGCGCAAGAAACCGACAAAAGUGAUAUUCCUGAGAAGAGUUCUAGACUCGCCACUGAUACUCAAUCGGAACAAGAUUCAAGACGAUUUGCUCGUUCGGUAAGGAAACCGGUCAUCACGAAGAAACCUGUUCUGAGAGCAGCGGCAAUAUCGAAACCUAAAUUGGAGCGUCCCAAGAGAUUAGUGCCACAUUUAUCUGUUAAACCGAAUGCGGACGGGCUCUACGAGCUUGACGCGACCACCUCUAGACUUCUCGAGGACGACUUGCAGAAGAUUAUGAUAAAGGUGUGGCAAGCUCUACCGGAUGACGCGCCAACAGAAGAAGAGAAAAUGGUGAUUGAAAAGUUCCGAAACAAAGCUAGCGAUGACCUCAAAAAUGCAUUAGGCUUAAAUGUUACUAAAAGAUUGCUGAAUAUCUUCAACCCUCUUAAUGUCAAAGUACACUUCUCGACAAAACCAGAAAGGAAAUAUCUAAAAUACUUUCUGAAGCAAUACAACUUUGUUGCAUUCAAGCGUAUCGUCGGAAUUAUGAACACGUUUGCAGCGCAGGUGAAAACUAUAGAAGACUACGACAAUCUUUGCAACGACAAAAAUAUAUUCUGCGGCGCCGCCAAGAUUACAAUAACACCGUGCUAUCGAUUAAUACAAUGUCCUAAAAAUAUAAAAACUAUAUAUGGCAGUCCAGAGGACGAUAAUCCUACCAAAAACAAAGAAAUCACAAAACAGGGAUCUGAAGAGUCUUCUCUGAAAAAUGAUGAAGCAAAAGAAUUAAAUACUGCGAAGACAGAGCAGCAAGCAAAAUCUAAAAUCAUUGAUGAGGAAUCCAAAGAAUCUAUUAAUAAUAAAAAACUCAAAUCGGUGUCAACUGCUGCAACAGUUACUUCUGCUAAAGAAAAUUUAAAUCAAAAUAUUAAAACUGCACCAACUGUAUGUGCGAAACCUAACGUUCAGAAAUCGAACGUCUCAACUGAAGUUAAAAGUACUAAUAACACAGAAAACAAGACACCAAAUGUACCUGUCACAAAAAGUACUGAAAAUGCCCAAAACCAAAAUACAACAAUUGAAAAGACGAAUAAGUUCGCCAUUGAUCCUAAAACUAAUGAUGAUAAGAACCCAAAAAUAGCAACAAAGACAAAUACUUCAAAUAGCAAAAUAGAUGUUAUCACAACAUCAGGUGACAGUGAUAAUAAAACUGUACCCACAAAUAAAAAAGAUAACAAAACUACCAUUGCAAUUAAGAACGCUGAUACAAAAGCAGCUGGUAAUGCCACUGCUACUGUAGCUAAAACUACCACUACUGUCAAGCCUGCCACUACAGAAAUAACAAGUUCUGAAACUACUACUACAACUAAGACUACCACAACAGUCAAACCUGCCAAUACAAAAAUAGCUAGUAAUGAAACUACAACUGCAACUAAAACUACCAUACCAGUCAAGGCUGCCACUACAAAAAUAGCGAGUACUGAAACUACUACUGCAACUCAAACUACCAUACCAGUUAAACCUGUCAAUAUAAAAAUAGCUAGUAACGAAUCUACUACUUCAACUAAAACUACCACACCAGUCAAGCCUGCCAAUACAAAAGUAAUUACUACUACCACGGUAUCCUCGAAUGUCAAAGCUGAUAUAACCAAAAUAGUUAAAAAGAACACUGCUACUACUAUCAACGCCAAACCAACGGAGGUUAAAAUUGCGACUAACAUAAAAACUAACAAAGUAGUAGAAGCUAAAAAAAUUACUAAUACUACAAAAAAUAAUGUGACGUGUUCGAAACAAACAAAUAAAAAGUCUAACAUGAUUAAUGUUAAAAAGCAGACAGAUACUAAAUUGUCGUCAAAAGAUGAUGAUUUUGAAGAAUUAGAUGACCAUGAAUUAUAUCAAUAUCUUAUGUCUACAGGAAUCGUGUUAGAUGAAUGCAGCGGUUCUGACGAUGACUAGAUUUAAGUUAACAUAGAUAAUAUAAUAUUACCAUAGCUUUAUAAAAGGG